AUGAAUCCAAGAUUAUUCAAAAGAAACAAGUUUUCAGACCUGAUAGCAGCUCGCCACGUGCUGGCAAUCUGGUUAUUCUUCGGAAUGCUGAAUGCAUACACGAUGCGAACUAAUCUCAGUGUUGCCAUCGUUGCCAUGGUGAAUAGUACAGGUCAGGACAGCGAUGCACAGGCCAGUGCAGACGAAUGUGGUAUAAAUGCAACUGACACUGAAGAAGAGGAGACAGGGGAUUUCAACUGGAGCAGUUACCAACAAGGAGUUCUGCUUGGAGCUUUCUACUAUGGUUACACGAUUAUGCAGAUUCCGGGAGGAUGGCUUGAAAGAAAAUUCGGAGCAAUGCGUGUGUAUGGAGGCAGCAUUUUACUCUGUGCCAUAUUAACAAUGCUCACACCGGCUGCUGCUUGGCUUGGUUUUGGAGCCAUCUUCACUUGUCGGUUUCUCUUAGGAUUUUGCCAGGUGUAUAUUAAAGGUCCAAUUUUCCCAUCAUCAUAUGGAAUGUGGGGUAAAUGGGCGCCACCUCUAGAGAGAAGCAGACUGAUAUCUUUCAGCCAAUCUGGUGUAAACUGGGGAAGCAUCGUUGCUAUGUCAUUGUCGGGUGUGCUGUCUGUAGCACUAGGAUGGGAAUCAUGUUUUUACGUAUUUGGUAUAAUAUCGCUAUUCUGGUGUGUUUUUUGGUUUUUCUUGAUAUGGGAUAUUCCAGAUUCCCAUCCUAGGAUCUCCGAAGAAGAAAGAAGUUAUAUUGUAAACUCGAUUACUACCAACGUGAAGAAAUCGGGUUGGCGAGUUCCAUGGCUCUCCAUAUUCAAAUCACCACAAGUGUGGGGCCUCACAAUUGGUCACUUUUGCAGCAGCUGGGGUAGCUAUACUCUACUGACAAGUCUUCCGCAAUACAUGGAUCAAAUACUUGGCUUCAACCUGGGAGCGAACGGUUUCAUGUCUUCUUUAUCAUCACUUGCUAUAUGGACGUUUAAAGUAUUUUACGCUUGGUUAGCGGACUAUACCAGACAGAGAUACAUUAUGUCAACAAUCCAAGUGAGAAGAGUACUGACGUCAUUGGGUAUGUUUUUGCCGGCUGUUUUCUUAAUGAUGGGUGGACAGAUGGGCUGUAACCGUGGGCUGGCAGUCUUGUUCAUCACAAUAUCUUCUGGUUUUAGUGGUUGUAACACACCUGGUUUUAAAGUUAACCACGUUGAGAUUGCACCUAAAUUCGGUGGUAUUUUAUUCGGUAUUGCUAACACAGCUGGUAGUAUUGCUGGAUCGCUCUCACCUUUGGUUGUCGGCGCAGCAACAGCAGAGGAGAAUACGCGUGAACAAUGGCAGAAGAUUUUCGGGUUAUCAGCGUUGAUUUACGUCAUUGGUGGAAUUGCUGUUCUGCUAACUUUGAGAGUGGAUGAACGAGAAUGGGCAAAAGACAAGGAAGCUAGACAAAAAGACAAUACACAGCAGACAGAUAUAAUGGUAUUUGACAAUGUGGGAUUUGAGAAGACUGAAAGUGGAAGUGAGGAUGACAUCUAUAAACAUCAAAAGCACGAAUAA